CGUCUGUAAUUUAUAAGAUAUGAUAAUAAUUCUAAUUGUUGAGAGAAAAAAAGAAUAUGGCUUUAGUUGUUGAAGCAUUUUACCUGGCCAUUCUCGCUCGAAGCGCCGUCUACAUCCUCCUUUCUGUUUCCGACCAGCAUCAUGGGUGCUAAGAAGGCGGAGGCCAAAGCAGCGAAGGCUGCUAAAACUACUGCAGGCAAACCUAAAAAGGAAGGUUCCGGCGGUAAAGCUAAAAAGAAGAAGUGGUCCAAAGGAAAAGUCCGCGAUAAACUCAACAAUUUGAUCCUUUUUGACAAGGCAACUUAUGAUAAACUGUACAAAGAAGUUCCCAGCUAUAAACUCAUUACCCCUUCAGUGGUUUCUGAAAGGUUAAAGGUCAGAGGAUCACUUGCAAAGCAGGCCCUCAGAGAGUUGCAUUCAAAAGGUUUGAUUCGUCUCAUAUCCAAACAUGCUUCUCAAAUGAUCUACACAAGAGCAACCAAAGGAGACAAAGAAGAUGAAAAAGAUGAAAAGUAGAUUGUUUUUUCUUAUCUAAUAAAAAGCGAAACCAUACAAA